UUUUAGAAAAUAAAAUGUUCAUGAGACUAUUCGUUUGUGCUCCAGUCCAACAUUUUAAAGCUAAAGCGGCUUCCAACCGUCAUAAUGAAUGUUUUGUGGCACAGUAAGCAUACGUAUUGAUCAAAAGACCAGCUGAUCUGGCCUCCCGAGAUAGUAUAGGGCUUUAUAUGUAUUACAUAAAGCGCAAAAUAAUUUUAAAGUACUCCAAGUUUAUGUAUACAUGGAGGAGACGCUUUGUUUUUCAUGUGCUUCCCUUGUCGUCUGCAGCGGAGCGAUGCAAUGAUUUGGUCAAAUGCCGCAAUAAUGGUCGCGUAUGCAUAAUAUUGUCAACAUUCAUUUUACGCAGAUGCCACAUGCACCCUAACUUGGAGACUUUUCCAUCAUUAAAUUAAUGAGAGAAUUUUAAGUAAAUAAAUCGGUGUCAGGAGUUAUAAUCGAACAAAAAUGCCUCUUUUCCUUGUGCUUUGUAGGACGUAUGACUCAAUAAAGAAUUUUUACAUCUACACUAAACAAUGUUCGGAGAUGGCAUUAGAUCUCAGGGGUGGCCAAACAAAACUGUACUUCGCCUUUAAUCACACACUGCCCGACUUUUGGCAACUUGGAGGUGCGCAAGGAUAUUACAUUUCAGCUGGCCCUAUAAGUAGAAGUACUCCAAAUGCUAAACCUCACAUUAAAGUAAACCAUGUAGUGUUCCAAAGAGAAAUAGAGCAGUUAGAAGAAACACAGCUUCUCAAAGGAGAACCAAAGCAAGAAAGAUUGCUCGCAAAAGAAAACUUCAAUCGAAGGUACUCAGUACCAGAUAUGGAGCAAUAUGCACAAGGAGAUAAUCAGCAAAGUGAAGUAUUUGAGCAACACAUAUUUAUUGUACCAAAGAGCAGAUGCACAUUCUAUGUUAAUGGACAUCUGGCUUCUUGCCUAGCCCUCAUGGUGCACAAAAGUCAGAAGUUUCGACGACAUUUUAUAAAGAAUAUAGCUCAUUUUAAUGCAUUUCAUGACUGUCUGCCUGACUACGCAACAUGGGACAUGAACUUGCUUGAAGAUGUGGAAUUUUUUGCUGUCCCAUAUAUGAUUGAUAUUGUAGCUGUCUGGCCAUUGCAGCGACUGGACUAUGCAUGGGGAUGGAGAAUGAACUUGCAGAUAUCAAAACGAAUGAUACUUGAGGAAACAAUGGCAUGGCUUUCAACAUUAGGUGGCGCUCAUUCCUCAUUAGGAGAGUACUUCAAGCACCAUGCAGUAAUAGCAGGCCAGCUGUCCUUGAAACAACUCCGUGUUGCACUUGAAAUGGGUGAUCCUCUCACUGUUGCACGCUGCCAAAUGUUUUGGGCAUACAGCUUAAUCCAGCGAGGUUACACACAUAAGGCAAAGAACCUUGUCAGGAGGGUGUACAAGUCUGUCAAGUCACUUCCAGUGCAGAAUAAAAUUGUCAUCAACAUGUGUUUGGCAGCCUGGGCUCGCUUGCAACAUUUGCACCUCAUUCGCCAAAAGCAAAAACUUGCAGGUCGUCAUCAUGACAGCAGUCAGGAGUAGGACAUUUGCCUAAAUACUGCUGACAGAGUGGAGAGGGGCAUACUACUGGUAGCAGCAGUUCAUCCCAUUCAUCCAUAUGCCCAGAAUGUUCUGGAAAGACAGUGUUUCCAACUUAAUGACUACACAUCCAGUGCUGCUCUGUCAUUUUCCUAGUUACUGGAAGCUUUAAUUGUGGAUACAUCUUCGCUAACGGUUGUGGCUUAUUGACUAACAAGUUAUAGUACUAUAUGAUGCAGCAACCCAUUUUUCCACCUUUAGCAUAGCCAAUGCAUCUGAUAUUUUAUUCCAAAUAUCCUUUGAUCUUGCAGGGUGUAUUUCCUGUGUAAAUAAAGUCAUGUAAGAUUUGUGGGUGCAAUAGGUUUCUAAAGAAAAGUUUGCUCAGCUUCAUUGUCCCAGUCAAAAUGAAGGUCAUGUGUAUGAACAUAACACAUUUUAUUAUGCUACUGGGAAUUACUCUGUUUAUAAAUUUAUCUUUAAAAGAGAAAACUAUUUUAACUUCAGCGUACAUUAUUUUUAAGAAACUAAUGUUGGAUAUCAAGAAUGAUGUCUAGCAGUCCAGGGAAAAGAUGUUUGUUUUAGCACAUUAUCUAAAGGUAAUUUAAAAGAUUUUUCUAAUACUUUAAUAGGACUUAAGGUCUUGAAUGUACUUCAAGAUCAGUAGCCACAAAAAGCAAGCAGAAAUAUCUUUAAAAUAUUGUCAAUUAAAGACAAGGACAUUUACUUAACAAAUGCCAAGCAAACACAAAUUAUCACCUUCUUUCUUGUUUAUUAUCUCCCCUGCCAGAGAGUUUGUUUUUCAAAUGCAAAGUGUUGUUUAAUUUUUUUUUUUCUGCAUUCGUCAUCAGUAAGCUUAUCUAUGUUUUAAUGUGAUUAAACACAGUCAAAAAACAAUUAAGUGCACAUUAAAGAAGUGAUGAAAUAAUGUAUACUGAAUAUCAAUGGUCAAAAUCAAUUUCUCAUGAAAAGUGAUAAGUGAACCUGUUCAUGUUAAAAAUUAUACAUUAUAAAUCUUUUUUAUAUUUCUAAAAAAACAUAUUCCAAAGCAGAUUGUAUAUUUAUGUGUUGAAUGAGGAUGUGAGAGAGAGAGAGGGGUUAAGAAGAAAGAAUGUGAUUGCAUUUGGAGGAAGUAGUUGUUGUUGGAGAAGAUUGGGGGUUAGAGAGCAAUGUGCUGCACCUAAUUGGUAAGGAGGCAAAUAAUAUGCAAGCAUGAUGGCUUACUGUAAUUUAUUUCCUUGUGAAACCUGUGGUAUGGAACAGCAGAGAGUGCUUGCCUUUGAUGUACUUUAGAUCUUGACUCAUAUUGCUUUGCAAACAUAUAGAGAUUUGCAACUAACCUCAGGGAACAAACUUUUAUUUUUUUAAUGGUGUUCAACACUACAAAUCAGAAUGAUACUCCAUUUAUCCUGCAAGCAUUAUCAUUCCUUUAGAUCAGUGUUCAGAUUUAGUUUGUACGGAAUGUAAUUAACCCAUAGAAUUCCUAACUUCCUUUGAUAGAAAUAAUCACAAAUUCCAUCUGUAAACCAAUUAACAUUUUAAAAUACAGAGAACACCAUGAGAAGAUAUAAAACUAAAAAAUGAAAAGGCAACCCCUUAAUCUUGGGUUGCUGGGGAUAAGGUGUUCGAGACCACACUAUGAGAAAGCUUUUCUGUAAGGUCAGUGUCCAU